AUGUACUCAGGUUUCACCCCCAUCCGUGGAAAUGAUUCUCUCUUUUACAUCUUCCAGCCAAAAGUCGGAGAGGCAUCCGAUGACCUCACAACCUGGCUGAGUGGGGGACCAGGAUGUAGUCCAAUGCAGGGAUUCCUGCAGGGAAAUGGACGCUUUACCUGGCUGUCCGUCGGAACCGGGUUCUCGACUGGCACACCUACUGCCACUACGGAAGAAGAGACCGCUGCUCCUUUCGUUGACAUCCUCCAAAGCUUUGAGGACUUGUACGAGAUCAAAAACUUCCGAUUUUUCAUGAGUGGUGAGAGUUAUGCGGGUCGAUAUGUGCCGUAUAUUUCUGCUGCCAUGCUUGAUCACAAUGAUACAGAGUAUUAUGAUCUUAGUGAAGAUACUUAUGAGAAGUGUGGUUACAAACAGUAUCUUGACGAAUAUCUGACCUAUCCAGCCUCUGGGGUUCAGCCUCCCAAAUACAUGAACUAUUCUGAUUGCGACAUUUAUAACAUGAUCUAUGACGAGGCCCAUAACCCGAACCCAUGCUGGAGCCCCUACCGGAUCAAUCAAAUGUGCCCGCUAUUAUGGGAUGUCCUCGGGUUCCCCAUGGAUCUUGCCUAUGAGCCCACUCACAACUCCUAUUUCAACCAUACGGAUGUCAAGCGGGCCCUUCAUGUGCCCGAGGACAUCCAGUGGGAGCUCUGCAGUGCAGAGAGUGUUUUUGUGGGCACUAGCCCCGGCCCCAAGCAACAAUACAACGAGUCUCCAAAUCCGACCGAGCAUGUCUUGCCUCAGCUCAUUGAGGCGACCAACCGAGUUCUGAUUUCGAACGGUGAUAGGGACUAUUUGAUCAUCACGGAACGCUGCUGGCCAUUCAAAAUAUGA